UCACGUUACGGUCACCAGAAUCGAUCAUAUUCGAUAUCGUACGUGAAUCGACAAUGGCGGACCGCAGGAGCGGUUCGCGAGCUAAAACUCGUGAUUUGCCUUGGGAAUUUAGGCAAUUUAAUAAUCUAACAAAGCAGCUAAAGAAGAUCGUGUAUGACACCAACAUUUCCCAGGCAGAGCUCAGAAGUUGUGGCCAUUUUGAGGAGGAGCGUAUCAGCGCAUUGUUACUACAGGAUGAACAUGAGUCUUUCAUGAAAUCGAUCGUCAGCGAUCCACCAUGCCUCCUGAUCUACGGCCAGACCUACACCGCCAAAGCUGUCCUCCUGAACAGGAUACUCAAUGAGCAGAUUCUGCGGGUCACCAACAACUCAGACAAUGCCAAGAGCUGGCGGCCUCUGCGCUUCCGCUUCGGGGCCGAGCGCCGAAGCGCCCUGACCACGCUGACGGACAGCUUUGAGCUGCUGAACGGGGAUUAUAACCCCGGGACCAAUUGGACGGUGCUCCCGCAGCGGGACGUGGAGAUCCAACAGGAGGAUCUUAGCGACCCCUGCACGGCUCAGGCCACCACCGAAGUCACCUUGAAUCACCCUUUGCUUGCCACCAAGGUGGAGAUCAUUGUAGCACCCCACAACUGCCCGGAGCUGAACCCGGCCGGGCUGUACAGCCAGUACUCGUCCCGCAUGCUGCCCAUCAUUCUCUACGGUAUCGACAAGGAUUACCUGUCCCAGGAUGAGCAGAGUGAACUGCUGGAGUUGAGACACUUGGCCCCGGAUCUGCCGGUGCUGUUCUUGGACUGCUGUCCUCACACGGAGAGCAACCUGAGGAAUCCACAAAUGGAGGAGGAUCUAGGGGAGGACUCGGCAUAUGAUAGCAAUAAUGAGGACCUGAUGGCUCGAUCCGUGGAAGAUCCUCUGGAGAGCCGUCAUCGAGGAGCCUCGUCCCCGGCGCCUCGGAAACCGUCCAGAUUCCACGACAUUGUGCACGGACAGCUACGCAGCCUGGGGUUCCUGAAGGAUCCCUCGGAGGUGUCGGUCUUCAAAGGCGGGAUGUCCCCGACGGAAGAGGACCUGAACCAGAGCCGUUUGGAGAAACUCUACAACAUGCAGGGUAUACUGAUGUUUGUGCGACAGGUGCUUCAGCUCUACCUGACACGAGCCACCACCAUCCUGCAUGACCUACAUCUACAAUGCAUGAACAUGUUCAUCACCACGGCCUUCGACAUGCAGCGUGACAUCCAAAUCACGCCGCGGAGGAUCGACUACGCGAGGCAGCGCGAGAUGGAGCUGUUUGAAUCGCUAAAGGAACUGGCCAAUCAGAGACAAGAGGAGAUACGAAAGCUCAUCCAGAUGACGAUUCAAGACAUCAAGGAGCCAUUACUACAGGAGGCUGAGAACUACCAGUUUGAAGAUUUAGAGAUCUCCAUUGACGGUGAGCUGAGCCAGGGCAAGGAGAUCAGAGGCUGCACGGCCCAGAUCCAGGAGCUCGUCUUGAACCGGGUCAACACGGCGGUGGUGGAGAAGCUGAUCAGCUCGGUGGAUUAUCUGCACGACAGCUUUGUAGGGACGCUGACGCGAUGCUUGGAGAGCUUGGAGAAAGGGGAGGAUGGAUUGCAAGGGGAAACGACGACCAGCAUGGCUCUCAAACAGAUCCUGAACUCCGCCUACCAAGUGGAAGUGACGGUCCGGACCAGCUCUUCCUUUGUCAAGGUCAUGUGGGAGAGAAUGAAGGAGAUUCUGCAGUCUAUGAAGCCCUUCAAGGCACCGCCCAUCGUGGAUAAGGACUGGAAACGGAAGGUAGCCAUCAACAUGCUGAACAACCUGGAUGAUUCCAAGCUUGCCAAGAGUAUUUGCUCGCAGUUCCGUUCGCGGCUCAACAAUUCCCAUGACACGUUCUCCUCCUCCUUGCGUCAGCUUGAGAACAAGCACUCUGGCCGGCUGGAGAAGACUGAAGAACAACGGAUGAAAGUCAGGAAAGUCCACGCACCUAGGCUGGCUAGACUAGCACUGGAUAGCACCUCGCUACGAGACAUGGUCCUGUAUGGCAUGCCCAAGUUGGAGCGUGAGAUCGGACGCGGUCAGUACGGGGUGGUCUACUCCAGCCGCAACUGGGCCAGUCUGACAUCGCUGGCGGUCAAGUCGGUGGUCCCGCCCGACGACAAACAUUGGAACGACCUGGCGCUGGAGUUCCACUACACGAGGUCAAUCACUGAGCAUGAGCGUGUUGUCACCUUGCGCGGCUCCGUCAUCGACCACAGCUAUGGCGGGGAUGGCUGCUCGCCGGCCGUCCUACUCAUCAUGGACCGACUGCAGCGGGAUCUCCACGUGGCCAUCAAGGCUGGCUUGGACUUCCCUGGACGGCUACAGGUGGCUCUAGACGUGGUGGAAGGGAUGAGAUAUCUGCACAGUCUGGGGCUGGUCCACAGGGAUAUCAAACUCAAGAAUGUCCUGUUGGACAAGCGCGACCGCGGCAAGAUCACUGACCUCGGUUUCUGCAAGCCUGAGGCCAUGAUGAGCGGCAGCAUCGUCGGUACCCCGAUCCACAUGGCGCCCGAGCUCUUCUCGGGCAAGUACGACAGCAGCGUGGACACCUACGCGUUCGGCAUCCUCCUCUGGUACGUCUGCGCGGGCCACGUCCGGCUGCCGACGGCGUUUGAACAGUGCGCCAAUAAGGACCACCUGUGGAGUUCUGUCAAGAAAGGAGUACGUCCCGAGAGGCUUAACGUCUUUGACAAGCCCUGCUGGGAGCUGAUGCAGGCCUGCUGGGCCGGCGAGCCCGGUGACAGACCCUUACUAGGAGACGUCCAGAUCAGACUGCAGGAGAUCCACCAGAGGGCCCUGGAGUCUCGCCGGAGGGCGUCCAAUCUCAGGGACCUUGCUGGGAGUAAACAAACGACGGAGGAGGACCAAGGCCGACCUAGGGAGAUAUAUUAAUUUGUUUUUUAAAGUUGGUUACGUCCAUGACUUUAGCUUAAGCUUCCGAGUCAUUAUGAACCAGCAUGCACAAACGUGUGUCCUACACUGAUGAUAGCGUGGAGUGUAUACGAGUGUUGUAGUCGAGUCCAUCAUAAGUCAAUCACAAGUCCUCACAAGUGAAUCACAAGUCAUCACAAGUAAUCCUGAGUCCAUCACA